GAAAAAUCAGACAUAUUCUGCGGACAGACUGCAGUCGGCUCAGGUUUUCUGUUCUGGAUUUGAAGAAAUUAUUGUUCCUUUGAGCAGUUUUACUGACCCUGGAUCAGUUUUUGGUGUAGAAAUCGAGUAGAAUUAAUUUCACCUGUAUUUUAAUCCAUCAGGCCAGUGCUGCAGCAAUGCAUUACUUUAUUUCUUUACUGUUAGUCAUUAUUGGGCUGCAUGUGAGCAUUCAGUCAGUUACAGUAUUAGUUUCUAAGCCAAGAAAUUACAAAUCAGUGCUGACUGUGUCUAAUGGAAUGUCCUGGGGGUCGUGGGGGUCUAUGGAUCUCUGUCCAACUGGAAUGUAUGCUGCAGGGUUCAGUCUAAAGGUGGAAGAAAUUUCCUAUGCCCCUUGGGAUGAUAACACUGCACUCAACGGGAUUCGCCUUCACUGCAUCGAUCCGUCCAGAGCCUUAGAAGUCUCAUAUUACGACUACGCCACAGUUCAGUCAGAAGUAGGAAGCUUUGGUAAAUGGACAGAAAUCAAAUGGUGUCCUUUUGGAAUCUUGACUGCUUUUCAGCUGAGAGUCGAUACCUACCAAGUAAUUGCAGACAACUCAGCCGCAAACAACAUCAUGUUCAAAUGCAGUCAUGGGUCUUUUCUGGAGGGUGACGGCACAGAUUGGGGUUAUUGGGGCGACUGGAGCUCAACAUGUCAAGGGUCAGGGAUUUGUGGCAUCAUGACACGGGUACAAGAGCACGAGGGAAUAUGGAUAGACGACACCGCUCUCAAUGACGUGCGCAUGUACUGCUGUGGAUCAAAUUAAAAUUCUCCUGCUCACUUUUAAAUCAUUGCAGGGCUUGGCUCCCCAUAUCUUUGUAUAACCUGCUUCUCUGUAUAAUUACCUCACAGCCAUGUUUUACAUACAUUCUGUAGUAUGAAUGUAUCAAUUUAUUUUCAUCUUAGAUUAAAACGCUUCUGUAUAGAAAUAAUUGCAUUAUUUUAAUUAAUUUUUUGUUGCUUUGAAAUGAGGAAAACGUAUUAUAAAUGAAACAGAAAUGUUGUGUGUGAAAUGAGAGAUGAAGCACAUGAGAAAGCUGAGAAUAAAAGUGAUUCUUCUGUCAGAAACAGCAUCGAUACACAAAAGCAGAAGCACAGAUGAAAUACUGAGCAAAGGUUUGGAGUGAAUCAUGAACAGAAUUGAGUGGAAAUGAAAAUUUAAUGUAAUCUCAGUCAUGAUAUGUAAAUCUUUCAGUUUUGAAUGCCUUUCUGUGUUGUUCAAAGCAUUUGAAUAAAAAAGGUGGUUCAGUGUCA